GCCCAAUUAACAGACGACAAGUGGUCGCAAAGAGACAGACAGAGAAAGGUUAUGUGACUGCAUAUACAUAUAUAUGUAGAAAGAGAGAGAGAGAGAGAGCCCAUGUGACUGAAUGACGUCCUCUUGGUCACGACAGCGUCGCCUGCACGUGCACGAAAGGCGAGAUCUUCGGAAGGCCGAGAGAUCCUGUUGAUUGCCCCGUCGAUUAACCCCGUUGAUUACCCCGUCGAUUACCCCAUCGAUUCCUUCGAUUCACUUUGAUUUCCCCGUGAUGCGCACGGUACGCCGAGAUUCGCAAUCUGGUCAGAGAACGGAGAAAUUCCGCACCGAAGCGCAACUUCUUGGCACCAUGAUGACGUGGCACGCGCACACACAGAAGAGGCGAUCAUAGCAAGACUGUGAUUGACCAGUGGUGAUUACCUCUACGUGGCGCACCGUCGAUUUCAAUUGAAUUGGAUUGAAAAACGCUGACGCUGUUCACAGUCCUUCCCCGCAUCGAUUGGCGACCAAUAAAUCAACCAAUCCAAGAAAAUCCAAUCAAUCAAUCAAUCCAGUACAAUCCAAUCAAUCAGCCAAUCAAUCGAAAUCGACAAUGAUUGUGAGACCGAGAAACCAAUCCCUCCUUGCUCCUCCGUAUCGCGUUAGAGAUCAAUCAGCGGACCGAUACACGAUAAAUAGACACGUGGCGUGCGGUGGGUGCAUCUUCGCUAACGCCACGUGGACAUCCCGCUCAGGGAUCUGAGAACGUACAACCGGGUACUCAGAUCCCGAUCAGGUCGACUUCAGAGAGGGUCCGCGAGCAAUCGCGCACUCGUUCCAGGAUUUUAUCUCCCCUGAAUGUAUGUGGCCACCAUUGAAGCGAUAGUCGUACCGGGAUUGUGCCCUCUGAGAGAAGCAAUCCCAUCAUCCCACGAAUCGCCAUGACUUCAGGAGUAUACCAAUUUGCGAGACGAUAAAAGACGGGUCGCCACGUGGCCAAUCAUCUACUCCUGUCAUCUCUCCCACUAAUUAGUCCGUUACAUCAAUCAACAGCCGGACGCUAAGCGCGCCGUUUCAGCGACUUCCGAUGACCUGGCGAAGGGGGAACGCACAUCCACUAACGUGGCGCGCAGGUGGCGCGCAAGUGGCGCGCAAAUGGCGCUGAAGUGGCGCGCAGACCUCGCCGCAAUUCACGUCUCCGGACUUUGGAAUAUCAGUUCUGCUGACGUGGCACACCCAUGACAAGGAAUUCGGUCACUGGUGACUGAUAAUGUCCUCGUCGACGACGAUGACAAUGGACAGCAUAUGGAUGAUGUCACGGCGCGCAGCGGGCUACACAGAACGUUUCAGAGGGCGACUGCGGUUGAUUAGCUCUGCUGACGCGGCGCAGCCAUUGAUGGUUGGCGCAGCUGGCGACACGUGGCACGUGAUGACGCGGCAGAAUGGCGAUUCGCAGAGGUCGACUUUCGAAGUUCAGCACUGCUGACGUGACCCACUCAUGCCGAGGCACGUGGCCGCUGAUGACGUCAACGUCGACGCCGACCGGAGGACAUUGAUGACGAGGCGCGUCGGCGGCGCAGGGCGCG